GUGGGAGGGUUUCCUUCAACUCUCAGAUUAACCAAAGGGAAGACCUUUCCACCAGGCAGGCAGGCAGGGCAGAGCCUGAAGCAGAAGGGCAGAGAUUUUCCCGAACUUGUACCUGGGCCCUUGUUUCUCUGGCUUCCCCUGACCCAGUGUUCUAGAAUGCUAGAGUUCUAGAAAGGGGAGAGGGAGCAAGAUUCUAGAAUGGUUUUCUCCUCAAGAUCACAUCUGGAACAUGGAAGGGCAUCUUGUAUGUUAACUGGGAAUCAACUGCCUUGCCUAUGGCAGCUUCCUCUGCAGACUGUUGCUUCUUUUCCUGGCUGCUUAAUCCUUUCCUGAUAUAGAUGCCUCCUCCCAGCAGUGAUUUCUAGAAGCCCCAUAGGCCUUUAGUGCAUCGGGUUUGCCCUGCCCACUCUGACCCUUCCCUUGCGCAGACAUGAGCCUGGCCCACACCACUGUGCUCCUGUGGGUGUGGGGGAGCCUCCAGGCCUUUGAAAUAGUGGAGAAAGAGAACAUCUUUCAGAGGACCCCCUGCCCGGCUUUCCUGAUGUUUGACAACGCGGCCUACCUGGCCGACAUGAGCUUCGAGCUCCCCUGCCCCUGCAAGCCGGAGGAGGUGUCCGCUGUCGUCUGGUACUAUCAGAAGCACCUGGGCAGCAGCCACACCAAAGUGCUGACGGACUUCGAUGGGCGGGUGCUGACGGAGGCAGCCCAGGUGCACGUGGGCAGCGACAUGCUGCUCCGCUUCAGCAUCCGCAUGUUCAGCCUCUUGGUCUUCCGGGCGCAGCCAGAGGACUCGGGCUUGUAUUUCUGCGGCACCCGCAAGGGGGACUACUUUUACGCCUACGACGUGGACAUCCAGAGUAGUGAGGGGAUGGUGGCUACCUUCAAGGACCAGGGCCAGGAGCCCUUGGAAGACGAGUACCACGGGAGCCUCCGUGUCUUCACCACCUUCUGGGAGUGGACCCCCUGCGACCGCUGCGGGGUGCGCGGGGAGCAGUGGCGUAUCGGUCUGUGCUACCUGCAGAGCCCGGACCUCUCUCCCCGCUACCGCAAGAUACUGCCCAACGUGGUGUCUUGUGGUUCGAGGGCUGUACCCAGGCAGCUCCGGGCCAAGGCCAGCGACCACAACCCCGAGCUGCUGGUUCGGAGCUGCCUGAUGCCCUGCAAGAAGAAGAAGAAGGUCCAGGAGGGCGUGAUGGCCAUCUUCAACUAUGUGUCCAAAGUGGGCAGCCGGCCCUGGUUGCCCCAGGUGCCCAUUCAGUUCCACCAGCAGAGGCUGGGCCACGGACUCAUCAUCUCCUGCCCCGGGGCCCGACCAGAGCACGCCGUGGCCUGGGACAAGGACCACCAGUACCUCUACCGCACGCAGUACCUGAAGGGCGUCAACGGGUCCAUGAGGGUGUUCAUCGACCACGGCAACCAUCUCCACAUCCGCUUCACCCAGCUGGAAGACCGGGGCAUCUACUAUUGCUGGCGGCAGGGCGAGCGCAUUGCGGGGUUCCGACUGGGCGUGACAUCUCCAGGUCGCUACCCGGUCUCCUUCUCCGACCCCGAGACUCGGGCCGCCCUGGGGCUCUUUCUGAUAGGCUACAUGCUCAUCACAGUCAUCUUUAUCAGCAUUCACCUUUGUCGUUGCUGCUGUUACUUAUUCCGCUUUUGUCCCAACUUCUCCCCCAGGCUCUCUCUCCCCCAGCUCUGAAGACCAGCUGUGCUCAAAUGUGUUUGUUAAAUGGUACCAGAUGCCUCUGGUUGGGGGCGGGGCAUGUGAACCUGCCCCCCAUUUUCGUGAGCAAGUCUGGAACCUCAUCUGGGAAGCAGGGAAGCCUUAGCAGGUGGGAGAUGGGGAACUGAGUCCAGGAUGGAAGUAGUCUGAGUGCAUGUGUCUUCUGACUUCACGCUCAGAGGAGGAAGAAGUGAACCUAAUA